AUGGAUAGACGGAUUUUCGCCAUCCUCUGUAACAUGCUUAGAACGACCAGUCAUCUGGCACCUCCUCAAUGUGUUAACGUUCAAGAGAUGGUGGCAAUUUUCUUCUACAUCUUGGCACACGACGUUAAGAACCUAGUUGGACGACAGUUCGCACAGUCUGGUGAAACUGUUUCAAGGCAUUUUACGUCCGUUCUGACCACAGUACUACAACUUCAUGAAUUACUGCUGAAAAAAUCGAAGCCUAUCUCGAGUGACUGCAUAGACAAACUGUCUGGGUACAUUGGAUGGCACAUAUAUCAAAGUCAAUGGUCUGCAGCUGAUUCUAGAUUGCUUAGGGAUGCAAUUUCUCAACCACAUGGGGUGAAGGUUCCCAAGGGUUAUUAUUACCUAUGUGAUGUUGGAUAUCCCAAUGUCGAGGGAAUCUUGGCACCAUAUAGGGGAGAGCGGUACAAUCUUUCAGAAUGGCGUGGUGCUGGAAAUGCACUGACUAAUCCACGGGAAUCUUUCAACAUGAAACAUUUACCGCUAGAAACUGCAUAG